AUGGCAGAAGGUACACGCCUCAAAACAAUCGAGGAGCAGGUCCGGAAGCAGGAAGCUAAGUUGCAGACGUUCAUGGAGUCUACCAGCGAGGCUCUGAAAUCCAUGGAGGAGAAAAUGCUGGCCAACUCCACAGAGCUAAAGGCUCUCAUAGCCGGCAUUUUUGCGCAGAUUGGAGGGAAUAACAGGAGUCCACAGCAAGAACGAGGACUCCUAGCCACCCCUACAAGUUCCCUGCAAGGCAACUCCAGGCAAGGGCAGGGGCAUCAGGAACGAGAGGAAAGAAAUGCCUUCAUCCCAGGGGUGCCCAAGCUAGAGUUUCCCAGGUUCACAGGAGAGCAGGUGAGGGAUUGGAUUCAGAAAUGCGAGACUUUCUUCCAUCUGUAUGGCAUAUUGGAUUCGCAGAAGAUGCUAAUUGCAAAAAUGCACUUGGAAGGGAGGGCAAAUGUCUGGUUUCAAAGUUUCAAAAAGGAUAAGAGGAUAUUUGGAUGGGAAGAGUUCAAGGAGGGAGUGAGUCGCAGAUUUGGGGACCUAGGGGAUGAGGAUGGAGUCGAGGAAUUCAACAAACUGCAGCAAUCCUUCACAGAGGAGCUCAAGGCACUAGUCAAAAUGCACAAACCUCAGACCCACAAGAAGCCUUCGAGGUUGCAAGAUGGCAGGAAAAGGCACUGGAGACCACCUGUGGCCAAGGUAGCAACAGUUAGCGAGGGAGAUUCUACGAAGCAAGGUAACGUUUCUCAACCAUAUAAAAGAAUCACCCCCACUGAGUUUCAAUACAGGAAGGACAACCAUUUGUGCUUUAAAUGUGGAGCAAAGUUUGGACCAGGUCAUAUGUGUAAGGACAAGGGGGUACACAUGAUUAUUGCUACUGAUCUAGAGGACAGGAUAGAUGAGGAAGAGGUGAUAGAGUACAUGGGUAGUGGGAACAAACAGGAGAUGGAGGCAGUUCUAAUUGUUUCCUUAGGAAGUCUAUUGCAUAAAGGUAGCAGGAGCUUAUCAGGCAACACAAACCUUUCAAGAUUAGAAUUGCUGAUGGUCAGGAACUUUGUUGCAGUCAGUGGAUACCCAAUUUCCAAUGGAGCAUGCAAGGACAGAAAUUUUGCCACAGUCUCUUUCAGUAAGGAUGGUGACAUGGCGACGCUGCGAGGAGAUGAAGGUACUGCAAACACCAGGAUGACUAAGGGAGAGGUGGCCAAAAGACACAUGAGGAAGAAACUCAAGCAAGCUGUGCAGGCCUACACGGUCAGUACAGCUCAGUCACAGGAUGUGUUUAGUGAGCCUAAACAAUUACCCCCAAAGAGAUCAUUUGACCAUCAAAUCCCCUUGAAAGCUGAUGCAAAACCAUUCAAAUUAGCUCCUUAUAGAUACCCCUAUGUCCAGAAAACUGAGAUAGAAAAACAAGUCAAUGAGAUGCUGCACAGUGGCAUCAUCCAACCUAGUCAUAGCCUCUUCGCUUCACCUGUCCUUCUGAUUGAUCUGAGAUCUGGUUACCACCAGAUCUGCAUGAACCCCUUGGACAUUCCUAAGACGGCUUUCAAAACUCACUGUGGGCUCUAUGAAUUUCUAGUUAUGCCAUUUGGGUUUACCAAUGCUCCAGCUACAUUCCAAGCCCUCAUGAACUCAGUGUUUGAACCUUUCCUCAGAAAAUUUGUCUUGGUCUUUUUUGAUGAUAUUCUUGUAUAUAGUCUAGACAUGAACUCUCAUAUCCUCCACCUUAGACAGGUCUUGGAGACCUUAAGAUCUCAUACCUUUUUUGCCAAGCUCACUAAAUGCUCUUUUGGACAAAAUCAAAUAGAAUAUUUGGGGCAUGUUGUUACUGGUGAAGGAGUGAGUGCCGAUCCUUCCAAGGUAGAAUGCAUGGUGAACUGGCUAGAACCGACUGAUGUCAAGGCCUUAAGGGGGUUCUUGGGCUUGACUGGAUAUUACAAGAGGUUUGUCAAGAACUAUGGAUCCAUAGCCAAGCCCCUCACUGAUCUCUUAAAGGAGGAUGGUUUUGUCUGGAACAAGGAAGCCAACGCCAGCAAUCAAGCUAUUGGAGCUGUCAUUAUGCAGCAAGGACAACCUAUUGCUUAUAUGAGUCAGACAUUAGGUGCAAGAAAUCAGGCUUUAUCUAUCUAUGAAAAGGAGUUACUAGCCUUGAUUGCUGCUGUUAACAAGUGGAGGCAUUACGUACUGGGGUCUCACUUCAUCAUUAGGACUGAUCAUCACAGUCUAAAAUACUUGCUGGAGCAGAAGAUCUGGACUCCACUACAACAGAAAUGGUUGACUAAACUGAUGGGAUAUGAUUAUGAGACUCAGUUCAAGAUGGGAAGGGAGAAUGUAGUGGCAGAUGCACUCUCUAGGAAGGGGGAGGACCCUCACGAACUCAGUGCCAUAUCCAUGGUAAAGCCAGCAUGGAUCAAUAACUUAGCUGAAAGAUAUGAGCAGGAUCCUAAAGCUAAGGAGUUGCUCACUGCAUUAGCCAUCAAUGACACAGAAAGGCUAGAAUAUUCCUACAAUGGUGGGGUCAUCAGGUACAAGGGGAGGAUAUAUGUAGGGGACUCUACUUCACUCAGGCAACAACUCAUUGCCUGCAUGCACAUGUCAGCAGUUGGAGGACACUCAGGAAACCUGGGUACCUACAAGAGAGCUAAGGCAUAUUUCUUCUGGCCAGGCAUGAAAAGGGAGGUAGAAGACUUUGUACAGAGCUAUGACAUAUGUAAGAGGAAAAAGGGAGAGAAUUGUAAGCCCCCUGGGCUGUUAUAG